AUGCGGCGAGAUAAGCGCACGACUCAUACAACCAGAGAAAAAACGAUGGACCACUGCGCGGUUUAUUCGUGCAAGGACAAAGCGUGGACGAGGAAGCGACGAAUUCAAGAUAUUGGCCUAGUAUUGAUUGGUUCCGGAGUUUGUGUCGACGGGGUUGUCUAUUGGGUUAAUCGUUGGAGUAGCGACGGAACACAUAUUUUAUAUUUCGAUACAAAAGAUGACGACGAGUUGAAGGUUUUGCGGAAACCGGAAAAUGUUAACUUAACGGGCAAAAUGAUCGACUUGAUUUGCUUGAGAGACAACUUGUGCAUGUGUUGCAUUGGUAGAGGCGUGACGAAUGUUCAAAUCUGGAUAAAGGAAAAGGGCUCUGGCAAUAGUACUUGGAAGGAGUUGAUGACUAUUGAGAAUGUGCAGACGCGGGCUUCUUGUUUCGAGCCACUACUGCAUUUUGUCGGGAAUAAGAUUUUAAUUGUAUGGAAAGAUUCAAAGUUAGUCGUCUACAACCCUUCUGAGAAGACGUUUGAAGAAGUUGACGAUAGUGUGCUUUCCGGACGCGGAUUUUUUCCGUUUACGGAGAGUCUUUUCUUCCCCAAUCAAAAUAAUUAA